UAGGCUCAAGUAAAAAUCCUAAAAGCCCAUUAGGUAUUAGCAAAAGAAAAACCUAGUUUCGGUGUCUCUCAGUUAUAACCUAAUAUCAUCUCCCUCCCUCAAAGUUCGUCGCCCAGUUUCUUCAUCAACUCAGCGGCUCGUGUCUUCUUUCUUCUCUGCUAAAGAAAACUAUGGCGUACGCACCACCGAUGAAGCAAGGAAAGACAGGAUUAGAGGAGCCUCAAGAGCAGAUUCACAAGAUUAGAAUCACUCUCUCCUCCAAGAACGUCAAAAACCUUGAGAAGGUGUGCACUGACUUGGUCCGUGGAGCCAAAGACAAGAGAUUGAGAGUUAAAGGACCAGUGAGGAUGCCAACUAAAGUUCUUAAGAUUACCACAAGAAAGGCUCCUUGUGGUGAAGGAACCAACACAUGGGACAGAUUUGAGCUCCGUGUACACAAGCGUGUGAUCGAUCUCUUCAGCUCCCCAGAUGUGGUGAAGCAGAUCACUUCCAUCACCAUUGAGCCUGGUGUUGAGGUUGAGGUCACCAUUGCUGAUUCUUAGAUGCAUCUACUUUAAUUUGUCUUUGAAUAGCGACGGUUUAUCGCUUUUUUUUUUUGCUACAAAGUUCAGACUUCGUCUUUACUUCUUAAAUAUGUUACCCUUUUUGUUUUAAUUUUCUUGGACAUGAUAUUUGCUAGUGGUGUUUUAUUUUUUUUGCUUGAGCAUUGCGUCUUUGUUUAUCAUAUUUAAAGUCUACUCCAUUUUCUGCUUCGAACAACAUUUUGGUGUAAAAUCUUCUCCAAUCCUAUUUCAUUUUCAACCUGUC